AUUUCUGGCUACGGUUCACCUCCAACACCCGGAGCGCAUCGACAUUUCCAUCCAGAAAGACGUGAGGAGAGAGGAACCUUUAUGGCAGCUGACUGCUCGGCCCUCCUGCUCUCUCCCGGUGCCGUGCAGGUGCAGCAUCCAUCAUCUCAGCCUCCAACCUAACGGGAUGACGGAGGGAACCGUGCCUCCUCACGCACCGGCACGGUGAGGCGACGUUCAGGGGCUGCAGGAAUUCUUAAAUCGCUGUGGCAGCGACCUCGCAAUUUCAAGUGACUUUGAGGCUUUUUCACUUUUCCUGAGAUGUCCGAGCCCAGUGUGAGGCACAGAGAAGCAAACCUGGAGCAGGCGGGAACUUGGAGUCUUGCUCAGGGACAUAUUGGCAGAAACAUAGAUCCUAUUUCUUCUCUGUUUGUGUGACCCAAGGUGUACUGCAGCCUAUAUCUGGGUGGAAUCUGGAAAGCAGAUGCAAUCCCGGUUGCAAUAUUGUGACUCAGUAGGUCAUCCACAUACCCCACAGAAGAGGCUUUGAUCAUUCUGACACCAUGAUGGUGGGAGCCACCAUCACCUCGUGCCUCAGGACUAUUGUGGUGUAACAGACAUUUUGGUUCCCCUGUGGGAAAGAACAGAGCAUCUGGAGCGUGGUGGUCCACUGGCACCAUGGACUACCACACCGAGUGCUGCUUCUGUGAUCCCGAGGAGGGCACAGACGAGCCGCCGCUCCACAGUAUCCACGCACCCAACCGGAUCCGCCCGUCCUCUUACCGAGCCCUGAGGAGCGCCGUGUCCAGUCUGGCCCGCAUCGACGACUUCUUCUGUGAGAAGAUUGGUUCGGGCUUCUUCUCUGAGGUCUUCAAGGUGCAGCAUCGGAUCACAGGGCAGGUGAUGGCACUGAAAAUGAACACGCUGGCAAGCAACAAAGCCAACAUGCUACGAGAAGUGCAGCUCAUGAACAGGCUUUGCCACCCCAACAUACUCAGGUUUCUUGGGGUUUGUGUGCAUGAAGGUCAGCUCCACGCUCUGACUGAGUAUAUAAAUGGAGGUAACCUGGAGCAGCUCUUGGACAGUGAUCUGUACCUGUCGUGGGGCGUAAGGAUCCGUCUGUCUCUGGAUAUUGCCCGAGGGCUGCAGUACCUGCACAGCAAGGGCAUAUUUCACAGGGACCUCACCUCCAAGAACUGCCUGGUGCGCUGUGAUAACAGCAUGUUCACUGCUGUGGUGGGAGACUUCGGCCUGGCAGAGAAGAUCCCUGAUUACAGUGAUGGAGUCGUGAAGCAGCCUCUGGCCAUUGUGGGCUCCCCCUACUGGAUGGCCCCUGAAGUUCUGAGAGGAGAGCUGUAUGAUGAGAAGGUGGAUGUGUUUGCAUACGGCAUCAUCCUGUGUGAGAUCAUCGCCAGGAUCGAAGCUGAUCCUGACUUUUUACCCAGAACAGAGGACUUUGGUCUUGACGUGGAUGCAUUUGAGAACAUGGUUGGGGAUUGUCCACCUGCAUUCUUUAGCCUUGCUGUCACUUGCUGUAAUAUGAGUGCGGAGAGGCGUCCCUCAUUCUCUGACAUCGUCUUCACAUUGGAGGGCAUGGACAGAGAAGAAGAGGAAGAAAACCCCAUUGCACUUGAGCCAGUGGCGGCAGAUGUCAGCCCAUACCGGCACCGCAACUCUCCUUGUCACCCCAGUGACCACAGCCAGCAGCGGCAAGGCUUGGCGAGGAGCCAGUCGGACAUGUUGCCCCCGGCUACCCUGACCCCUCCUCUCCUUGGGACGCCUGCACGCCUCAACCCCUUCUCCCUUAGACAGGACCUGAAUGGGGGGCGGUGUAAACUCUUAGACACGCCCAGCAAGUCUGUCAUCUCCCUGACCUUCACCCUCCCAGCGCUCCGAGACCCUUGUGCCUCCCCCCACCUUCACAGAGGGAUGCCGGGGACACGCGCACUACCGAGGAGAUGUCAGUCCCUCCCCUGCACCCCAGAGCUCAGCCGGACUGUAGCUUUGUCAAGAGACACAGAGGCGGAGGAAAAGGAUGAGGACGUCCGAGUGGCGGUGAUUAAUGGAGGGACAGAGGACAAUAUGGAGGACAAUGUGAGGAAGAAGACAGGUGUGUUAGAAAAGGUGGAUGAAAGACUGCAGGUAGAGCAUAUGGAGAUAACUGAAAAGAGAGAAUUGUUAAAGGAAGAGGAUGGGAUGGGUGACGAUUCAGGUCUUCCUGUUGAGCUGGAGAUGGUGUCACUGGAGCGCUUAGAGGAGGAGGAGGAGGAGAGUGUAUGUCUAACAGAACCAAUGGACUGCACCAAGUCUCCAGAGCCAGCAGAGGGACUCUUGAACUCCACUCCUGGAAGACCCAUGUUCACCUCUACAUCCUCCUCCACCUUACAGACCAAUGGCUGGCGACUCCCCAUCUCCAAUGGACCGCCCUCCUUGCCUCCUCUGCCACGACUGGACAACAACAACGGCUCAGCCCUUGUGAUUGGCCAGCAGGUCCAGUGGGGUGCAGGAGGGCGAGCUAAUGGUUACAACGGAGCCCAGGUCCUGUCCUCUGAUCCUGGCGGCCCUUCUGAGCAGGAUGAGGUCAUUUCUUGUCCGGGCUGCUGUCUGGUGGGUCUGAGUUUCCCCUCAGUGUGCCUCCGUGGUUCAGCUGCCAUGCCUACACCCCGUCGAAGGGCUUCGUUACCACGGCAGCGGCCCUACCGGAACCUCAACGGUCCCAUAACUGGUGGCAGCGCUUCCUCAUCAACAACAGCCGCCACAGCAACCAAAGCUCUACUGUGUCGCAGCACAAAUGGACUAGCAGUGGCUGGGCCCUCUGUGCCAUGUGAGCCUGGCCGGUCCCUGCCGGAGGCCCAGACAUAAGCCAGCUCAGAGGGGAUCUGGUUUUGAACUUGCGACAUGCACCAGCACUAAACAUUAGCAGCCAAGCAAAGCAACACUAAAUGUUGCUGUGCUAAUACUGAGACCCAAAUACUGACCCCUGCAUCUGAGAUGUGUUGUUAAUUCUGUGCAGUCACAGCAAGCAGUCGUAGUUGGUUAAUAAGAGCGCCACCUGGUGGGCUGGAGGAUUGAAUGCAACAAAUCACUGUGACAGUGAAGAUCAUGGAGGUGUACAGGAAGAGGUGGCCAAGGUGUCCUGAACCAGACAGGGUUCAAACAAUGUGGACUGAGCAGGGCUAUGAACUGAACACUGAACGGUCAGGGUCAACAACACAUCACUGCUGCUGGAAUGGUGCUGAUCCAAACUGAGCAGCUAGUCUGGCUUACGCCCUGUCUCUACUGAACCAAAUCAAGCUGAGACUGUCUGUACUCAACUAGCCUCAAUUCUGGAGGCUGUCAUGGAAAUAUAGUGUGUGGCUAAUUUAACAAGUGAUUUUAUUACAAAUUGGGUCUUAUUUUUGUAGUUAUGGCUGUGUUUUCAAUCGGUAAUAAUAAUAUUGUACUCACCUCGUUAAUUGCAAGAGAUCUUUGAACAUGGUGACAUGACUAAAAAGGAGUCAGAUAUGGUGGGAAAUAUCCAUGUUAGUGAUUUGGAAGAGAAGAUGCUGGGCGGUAAAAUACGUUCGUCACACUUUACAGACAGAGUUCCUGCUUUGACUUCUUCCCUCUUCUUUUGUGUUACAUGGCAGCUCUGCCUCUGUGCUGCUGAAGUACUGUUGAGUGAACACAGAAAAUGACAGAUGUGAAUGGUGUUUACUUCAGCCAGCACAGUGUGGCUGCAGGUACGUACGCAUAUGAGAAAACACUGUUUUUGAUUCUAUUUAAUUGAUUGACAGUAGCUACAUGGGGACUAUUUAUAAAAUUAAUAAAGAUGAUUUACUUCCUGCUUUUUUCAUAGCAGUUGGUGUGUGUGUGUGUGUGUGUGUGUGUGUGAGAGAGAGAUAGAGAGAGAGAGAGAGAGACUGAUAUCUGUUGCUAAUGAAAGAAUCUUUUCCUGGGCUUGUCAUGUAAAUUCUUUAUUUUUGCACUACAGUUUGGAGCACUUUGCAGUAAGACACCAGGCUUUUACUAGACGGUGCUUUAUUUAAAUAUGUGCUACUGGUGUUUUAUAUGUGUCUGUGCUUCUGGCCCAACAAACCACAGAGCUUUCACCCUUUGACAUCUACCCCCCCUCACAUGUAUCUUGUGUAUUUACAUAUACAUUUUGAUUUCACUAUUGUAACUUAAAAAGUGGCAUGUGAAGCAGGUAUGAAUAUUUAUUGUACAGAUCAUUCCACACACUGUGUGUGUACAGUAUGUGCUUUUGAGCAAAAGGCAGAGUGAUGGACACUCACAGGAUAACUUUUAUCCUAUCAUUUCUGAUGUUAAACCAUGGUUCUCGCUUCUUUUCUGUUUUUGUUCUGUUCUUCUAUACAGCUAGAAACCU